UAUUUAACCCUUUCUUUGUUACCAUACAGAUUGUCAGGGACAGGAAGCAUCAACUGGUCCGACAAUAGUUAUGACAACAUUGCCGGAAAAAAAUACGGCUACAGACCUGACAACAGCAAAGGGGGAAAAGCUGGUAACAGACCCGGCAGUAAACCUGGCAACAGAUCCGGCAUCCAACCUGGCAACAGAUCCAGCAGCUGCAAAUCCAACUCCUGUACAAGAAAUUGGCAUGGGACAAUCAGAUCCCGUUCACACUACUGACAUGGCACAUGGAUUAGUUCCCAACGCUGCUAAGACCAGUCUGCCUACAUCUGUACCAGAAGAAUCAAAAAAUCUGCUGACCUCUACUGAAAAGGUGUUACAAGAAAUACAGAAAAAUGUAAAUCUAGGUAAAGAGAAUGAAGAGAGUGAUGCCUCUGGAUCUUCUUCUGCAGUUUUCGUGUCUGUGCUGGUGGCUGGCUUGCUGCUUGCUGCCACCAUAGUCGACAUAUUCUACUUGAAGCGCCAUCGCCAAACUAACGGCAAAGGCAUGAAACUGGCUGAGGAGUCUUAUAUGGCUGACGAGGAGAACCAGGGCAACACUCUAGUGUCCGUGGCCCCUCUAAACCAACCAGAGCCCCAGGAGAAGCCCAGCCUUAACGGAGAGUCACAAGAGCCAGUUAAGGCCCAAACUCCUCCUGCCGCUACCAACGGCCACUCUACCACCAAAACAGCAGACACCGAGCUGUGAACAAGCCACUCUGCCGCCAAGGGUCUGGGCAGAAUGCUCAGUCCCUGCUUCUUAAACUCAGCUCAAUCUACUGCAUUGACCUUGGCCAAAAGGCACAAGGUAGACAAAGACUCAAAUUCCCACUGCAAAAUGCAACACGUUCAGUUAAGUUCAUACGGAACAACUUUGGAGGUAAAUUCGUCAAGUAAUCCUCCUUCCGAUCUAUCGAGACAAAUGUACAGGUUUCAGUGCUAUAUGAAAGAUUGUUGUACGUUAAGAAAGCAGUUGUAAGUGCUAGUUAUGACAGUGACGAUUUAUACGAAGAACAUUAUAUAAAUACAAUCAAAACAUGACGCAAAAAAAAAAAAAAAAAAAAACAUUUUAGUCCAAGAGUUCACCCUUUGAGUAUUAUACAGUACUGCUGUGGGGUGGGGGACCUUUCCCAUGAGUCAUUGCUGGCUUCCAUAAGAGCAGCCAGGACUGGAAUGGAACGCCGGGAGGAUCCUUGCUCCUGUCCCACCUCUCCACAGCUUGCAGCUGAGAGUAAAUCACAUCACACCAUAGAGAAACAUACAUUUUUGUUUGCAAUGGAUUGUUUGUGUGUUUCUAGACUGUAUGAAAUGUUCUAUAUGUUUAUCUUUGUGUACAGUAUGAUUUGACUAGUUAAUAGUCCUGUAUAAUUUUGUUAAUAUCACUGCAUGACAAAGUAAUGAUUCCUGGAGUUGCUGAGCAUGAGAAAUCAUUUCAAACAACAAUCCGUCGACUCCAUUUCAUUGCUGCAAACAACCCUUAACGUACAGUAAAAAUCCAACCAAUAAGAUAUGAUGCAAAGCCCAUUAGUGCUCAGGGUGACAGCUAAUUGUUAUCUGACAUUUCUGGAUUGUGUUACAGCUUUACCAUACUUUGUAAACCAGUAUUACAGUAUGCUCUUUUUGUAAUAUUUUUAUUCUAGACAUUUAAAUGUAGUGUUUAUGGGUUGAAUGACUGACUUAAUCGUUUGAAUGACCUGCCUUAAUUACUAGACGUUCCUUGGGUGGGUGUGUUUUUAUUUUGUAUCUGCAUUUGCUACUACACUGUACAAAAGUCAUUAGGCAAAGAAAUGAUGUAAGUGGGUGCAGCCAUGAAACCCUGGAACAUCGUUAUUAGUUUUACAGUAGUCGUUCCUUUCCAAUACAAUAAAAAACAGUGCUGACAAAUAUUAAUAUAUAUAUAUAUAUAUAUAUAUAUAUAUAUAUAUAUAUAUAUAUAUAUUCUACACUAUAUUUAAACCCAUAUCUUUUUAAAUGUUUUCACAAUUCAUAUAAUUUCUGACACAAGACUGACUAAACUCCAAAAGUUUGGAGUCAAAAUUUGGUGCUAGAGUCACUGUAUCUUUUAAAAUGAACCAAUAGAAAAUUGUGUUUUAAACGUACAUACAUACGAAAACCUUGUCCUUUAUUUCAACUAUGACAUUUUAUUUUAACAUUCCGGUGUUCCAUCAUAUUUUUGGAUCGCGUACUAGCAUUGUGUUAAACUGAUGUAUGUUUGUGAUAGGAAUAAAGUUUUGAAAAAAUAAAUUGA